AUGAGUGAACCCGUGGUCGGCCACGUGGCCGUCAAGCCGCCGCCAUUUUGGACCGAGAGCCCAGCACUUUGGUUCGCCCAGUUGAAGAGCCAAUUCGUCCUCGCGAAUAUAACCCACGAUGAAACGAAAUAUAGCCAUGUAGUCGCGAGUUUAUCUGAAUGUAUGGCUACCGAAGUUGAAGACAUUUUGGCCGCUCCUCCGAAUACCGACAAAUACAAAACGAUUAAACGGGCACUGAUCGACCGCUUGUCCCAGUCCGAAGCCCAACGCCUCGAAAAGCUUAUACGUACCGAAGAGCUCGGCGACCGCACACCAUCGCAAAUUCUUCGACGCCUAAGAACUCUCGCAGGUCAUACGGUUACCGAGGACCUACUCAGAAGUAUUUGGUUGUCCCGUCUUCCCACCGAUAUACAGAAGAUACUAACCGUAUCCGAGGGCACACUCGAAUCUCUCGCUAAGAUCGCCGACCGCCUUAGCGAAAUGUACCCCUCGACACCGAAUAUCUCCGCCACGUCUACGGCCUCUGCCACGGUCGAUCCCAGAAUCGCCGCGCUCGAACACCUUCCCGAACAAUAUCUGCUGGUACCACGCAAAAUUCGGCGCGAAUGCCCGACGCUGCCGACCACCUUGUUCGAUGGGAAACGAGAACGGGAGUCAGUAGAGACGGCGACUGAUUCCAAAAACUUAAGCCGUCGCUUAUUCAUCACAGAUCGUACGUCCAAAGUCGCAUUCUUAAUCGACACUGGCGCCGAUGUCUCCGUUUAUCCUGCUUCACGCCUUCCAAAACGCUGUGUAGAAGACUAUCAACUCUUCGCAGCGAACGGCACAGCAAUCAAGACAUACGGCUACGCAACAAUCACGCCAGACUUCUCUCUUCGACGAAACUUUACAUGGCGAUUCAUUGUAGCUGACGUCACACAACCAUUGAUCGGUGCCGAUUUUUUAUCACAUUAUGGACUUCUCCCAGACCUUCGCAGCAAACGUCUCAUCGACUCGACAACGAAGCUGGUCAGCCAUGGACAUAUCCUCAGCGUCACUGCACCGUCAGUACGAACUAUUGCCGGCAAUUCUCCUUAUCAUCGACUACUGAGCGAGUUUCCCGAGAUAACACGUCCAUCUCCAACCAUCGCACCCGUCCGACACUCCACCGUCCAUCAUAUUAUCACGACGCCUGGACAACCAGUGCGCUGCAAACCCCGGCGACUUGCGCCGGACAAAUACAUUCUGGCUAAGCGCGAGUUUGAAUUCAUGCUCGCUCAAGGGAUCUGCCGACCGUCCACCAGCAGCUGGUCAUCGCCAUUACACCUCGUCCCAAAGAAGAACGACCAGUGGCGACCCUGCGGUGACUACCGUCUACUCAACGCACGAACUGUACCCGACCGUUAUCCGGUUCCUCACAUAGAGGACUUCGCAUCCACUCUUCACGGUUGUGGGUACUUCUCAACCGUCGACCUUGUCCGUGCUUUCCACCACAUCCCUAUAGCCCCAGAGGAUAUCCCGAAAACGGCCGUCACCACACCGUUUGGACUAUACGAGUUCAACUUCAUGUCUUUUGGUUUGUGUAACGCUGCGCAAACAUUCCAGCGCUUCAUGGACGAAGUUACUCGUGACCUCGAAUUUUGUUACGUCUUCAUCGACGACAUACUUAUAGCGUCCCGAAACGAAACCGAACAUCUGCAGCACCUACGCAAGUUAUUUACCAGACUUCGUGACUAUGGUGUUGUAAUCAACGCAUCAAAAUGCGUAUUCGGAAAGCAAGAAGUACAAUUCCUCGGGUACCUGGUCAACCCAAAAGGAAUCCGCCCACUUCCGCAAAAAGUCGAGGCAAUUAUCGAGUUCGCUAAACCAGCCUUUGUCGCCGCCCCAACCAGCACGGAAGAGUGA